AUGGCGCUCUCCAUCAAAAAUUUGUCGUCCUUGAGAAACAUUUUUCCUUUUCGUCAAUCUCAUAUGUGUUUAAUGGUUCGUCAUAAAUAUUUCUUCAAAAAAUAUAAUCCAGAGGGCGCAGUGUAUAGAGAGUACAAGAAUGAAGUCGUGAAGAACACGGGGAAAGUUUACGACAAAAAACCGGCCAAGGUUGUCCUUAAGCCUGGAAAGAAAUACCACUGGUGUUCCUGCGGCUAUGGACAUUCACAGCCUCUCUGUGACGGGACACACAAGACAUUGGCUGAAAGGAGGUGGACAAAGGUGAAAUUCCAUCCAAAAGUGUUCGAAGUGGAGGAAGAAAAGACCUACUUCCUGUGUAACUGUAAACAAACAAAGAAUCCACCAUUUUGUGAUGGAACACAUAGAAACAAAGAAAUACAGGAUAAAAUAAAAGGAUGAUAUUGCAUAA